CUUUGUUAUUGCAAUAUCCUUUAAUUCUCAUGCCGUUUUAUAAGGGAUAGGUCAACAAUUCUCCACUGGAAAUGAGGCAACCAGGUAUACAUCUCUGGUUUAUUUGAUCUACGAAAGCCUGUGGAGAAAAGACCUACUUACCAUAACCUAACUUACAAACUUUAAAGUUUAAAAGGCUUUAUAAUAUGUUAAAAAUAUAUAUUAAAAUUAAUAAAAUAAGUAAAGUUAAGUACUCUACUAAGAAUUCUUUCAGUCAUACAGUAUUACUGCCUAAAACACAAUUUCCACUAAAGUUAGAACGAAAUAAAUUAACAGACAGAGACGAAAAAAUAGAAAAGUCAGAACCCUUUAAUCAGUUAUAUAAUUGGCAAGAUCAACACCUGGAUAAUCCAAAAUUCAUACUACAUGAUGGCCCUCCUUAUGCUAACGGGAAAACUCAUAUGGGACAUGCCAUCAAUAAAAUUCUCAAAGAUGUUAUUUUAAGAUACAAAGUUUUAAGUAAAACAAAAGUAAAUUACAUACCUGGUUGGGAUUGUCAUGGUCUUCCGAUUGAAUUAAAAGCUUUAUCAAACAAUUCAAAGCUGGAUGCACUUGAAAUUAGAACAAAAGCUAGACAAUUUGCUGAUAAAACUAUUAAGCAACAAAAGCAAUCCUUUAUAUCAUGGGGUGUCAUGGGAGACUGGAACAAUCACUAUGAAACAAAAAACGUAAAUUACGUUAAGAACCAGCUAAAUCAGUUUUAUAAAUUGUAUGAAAAUAAUUUUAUAUAUAGGGCUAUUAAACCAAUAUACUGGAGCCCAUCUUCUAGAACAGCAUUGGCAGAGGCAGAACUCGAAUAUAAUGAAAAACAUGUUAGCCCUAGUGCCUAUGUUAGAUUUGAAAUAAAUAAUAUUCCUAAGGUUCCCAAUUUAAAUGAUAAAAGGGUGUAUGCGGUUAUAUGGACGACAACUCCGUGGACACUGCCCAGCAAUCAGGCAAUUUGUUAUAACAAUUCUUUAUCAUAUUGCCUAAUUAAAAAGCCUGAUCCAGAUGAUAAAGAUUUAUACAUUAUAGCAACUGAACUGUUUGAAUCUUUUUCUAAAGAAACCAAUUGUGAAUAUGAACUUUUAGGAGUACAUUCAGGAGAGAUGUUACAUGAAGCUUCAUAUUUUCAUCCUAUAUAUAAAGAGAAAGUAUGUAAUUUUUUACAUUCUGAUCAUGCUACUAGUGCUAAAGGUACAGGUUUGGUUCACACUGCUCCUGCUCAUGGCCCUGAGGACUUUCUUGUUGCUCACAGAAAUAAUAUGACAAUUAUUGAUUUAGUUAAUGAUGAAGGACAUUAUUCUACAGAGGCCGGAGAACAUUUCGUAAACAAAUUCGUCUUAACAGAAGGUAACGACAUAGUAUUGAACUUCUUAGGUGAUAACUUGUUGCACAAAAGCACCAUUGAACACAGCUAUCCUUAUGAUUGGAGAACCAAAAAACCUGUGAUAAUUAAAGCUAGUAAACAGUGGUUUCUUGACACUGAAAGAGUAAAACAUAGAGCCACUGAACUAUUAAGUGAUGUAAAAAUUAUACCAGAACACAAGAGUGAAAUGUAUAGAAAAGUUCUGAUUAAUCAGAUUCAAAAGAGGUCUUACUGGUGUAUAUCAAGGCAAAGGAAGUGGGGUGUGCCAAUACCUGUUUUUUAUGAUAAAAAUUCUGGAGAAGUUUUACUAAAUCAGAAUACAUUUAAUCAUAUUACUGACCAGUUGAGCAGACAUGGAACUGAUUUUUGGUGGACGUUACCUACUAGUGAUCUUUUACCAAAGGAAUAUACAGAAAAUGGUUUAGACUAUGAAAAGGGCCAGGAUAUUUUAGACAUUUGGUUUGACAGUGGAAUUUCGUGGUCAAGUGUUUUGGAAGAACCUCAAAUAGCUGACUUGUACUUAGAAGGUGUUGAUCAGUUUACAGGAUGGUUUCAGGCUAGUUUACUGACAUCUGUAGCCUUAAGAGACAAGGCACCAUAUAAGGCGAUAUUUGUACAUGGAUUUGCUGUGGACAAAAACGGUGUGAAAAUGUCAAAAUCUUUGGGAAAUGUCGUUGAUCCGGAGGAAGUUAUAAGGGGUAAAAAAGGAAACAAUGCUUAUGGAGUUGAUACUCUCAGAUGGUGGGUGGCAUGUCAUGCAAAUCAAGUGUCAUUAGCGUCAAUUAGUGACAACAUCUUAACCCGAUCUAAAGAUGAAGUACAAAAAAUUCGUAAUACAAUGAGGUUUUGUUUGGGAGGUCUGAAUGGGUAUGAAUAUGAUGGCACAGAUGAGGAAAAUUUGUUGCUUAUUGAUAGAUACAUGUUACACUUGCUGUCUGAAUAUUCUGAAGAGAUUAAAGAACACGUAGAAUCAUACAAUUUCCAUCGUAUCAACACUUCUUUGCUCCCGUUUCUAACCAAUCAAAUAUCUGCCCUAUACUUCACGGCAAUCAAGGACAGACUAUAUUGUGACCCUGAAAAAGGCUCAGCCAGAAAAUCGGCUCAGUACACUUUACUACAGAUAUUUCAUACAAUUACCCGAAGCGUAGCUGGUAUCGUUCCAUAUUUAGCUGAGGAAUUGUAUGCUCAUUUGCCUCAGAAAAGUUCUGAGUCAUAUUUUACCAGUCCUAAAUACGAGCCAAGCGAAAGCUGGAAGAAUCCUGAGUUAGAAGAAGCUAUGAAUUUGAUUUUAGAUAUCAGAACGGAAAUAAAUAAAACGUACAGUAAUGCUAAUACGCUUCAUUUGGAUGUUUUGGUGGAGUUAGAAGAUAAAAAAUAUCAAACACUUACGAACUUAAAUGAAAAAGUUAAGUUAGAGGAGCAGCUUAAGGAUAUUUUUCAAGUGUCACACGUUACUAUACAGGGUGGUUUGGAUGACCAAGUAGGACUUAAAGUGACAGGAUACCAAAGCAAGCUUCAUAGUUGUCCCAGAUGUAGAUUAUUACAGUCUAGCAUAGAGAACGACUUGUGUGGAAGAUGUCAAUUUGUGCUGAAUGAACUGAUCGUUAAUAAAAAGUUUGUUGCUAGUUAAACAA